AUGUCCGCAGAAGCGCAAUCUUCCGCGUCCUCUGAAGACCAUGAACACAAGUGGAUCGUCAUGACUACCUCGGGUCCGGAACGCAUCAUGAGCACACUCGGUUUGGGUCCAAAGAGACGACGUAAUCGCUGGGGGGAUACCGAAAGAGACAUUGAUGCAGCGGUUACUGCUGUGGCAUAUGCUGCAAUGAAGAACACAGAAGAGUGGCACAAGUUAGUACAUCGCGGAGUAAUCGAUAGACUAUGUGAAAUGGUUACAAAGCAUGUUCCAAUGCCGAAGACUCCCGAAGAAGACGGGAAGCUAGGAGCAGUGGAACAGGAAUCCUCUACUUACUUUGGCCCUUUGGAGGCUCUUUGCAAUGCGGCCUUCACGAUGCCGGAUGUGCUAAGACCUACCGAUCUCAUAUUAAUAAAUACACUCCGGAGGACUUGGAAUGACAUGAUGAAGCAUUUAUGGAACAACCCGCAGAACACGUUGAUGAAAGGGGACAUACACGUUCGUGAGCGCAGAGUCAUUCCGCAGCUCAUCAUGCGCUUUGUGACCAUCGACCCGACCUUCUUGAGCGUUAUAGAUGAUGACGCUGAUCUUACGAUAUCCCUUCUCACUCGUUACUUCAUGCAUGCGACUACUAGCGACGAUGGAGGAGAUAUAACUCGCACUCUCAUAGAGCUUGUAUCACCCGGGACCCCAGCGCUUGCUACAUACCGCGACACAUAUCCAGCCCCCACGAACGCCCUAACACGUAUGGUUCGCGGCGCAAGCUCUAUCGAGCAGAUUCUCGCCAAAACCGCCGUACAUUUUGCCACGCUUCCGCCAGAGGGCGCAGCCAUUAUGCCUGAGUUUAUAAUGCAUAUGUACCUCCUCGCAAAAGCGCAGCAGCCUGCAUUUAUCCCCAAGUUCUGGCGCUCGUCUGGGCUAUGGGCGCACUUGUUCGCCACAAUGCGCAAGGCCACGAAAGAGGCACCGCUCGGUGCACAACAUGAAUUUCCGUGGGACAGCUUUUUCCUUCCUGUCCUUGGUGUCGCUGGAGACAUCUUCUCGGACUGCUGGGAGAAUGGCCGAAGUGAGAUCUGCUCACUUCUUGCCCUCUGGGUGCGAACGGAUUUCUUUGGCGCCAUCGACGCCGCGCUCCCACGUUGCGUAACUCAUGUACGGGUCACUAGGCAGCUGUGCCGCAUUCUCGCUCACGUGCAUGGGAUGUUGGAAGACCCUUCGGUCAUUGAGCUCUUACGUCCAGAGCUCCCUCGUCCGCGCGCAUUGCGCGCGCUUGUUGAACAAGCGUUUGCUCCCGAUGGACAGCCACGAGAGAAGGUUGGACCACGCGUUGUAAACAAUGAGGUAGUCCCCGAGGAGUCUUGGGACCGGUCCGCCUGGGAUCUCCUGUACAGGCUUCAGGAGGUCGUGUACAAAGUUGGCGUUGCCUGCCGUACCAAGUGGGUCUCGGAGUUGCUAGUCUUAGGCGUCGCUGAUCAAAUUGUUGUAGGGACCGAAAAGAGCAUCGACUGCUUUGUGGGCUUAAAGUGCACAGAAUAUCCGACUCCCCUGGAAAUGCAACGGUGUCGCUUCCGCCGAUCUAGAUACCUUCGCUUGUUCGAGGAUCCUUCCUUUGCGCUUAGUGUGACCGCGUUAUCGAAGGCGACUCAAGCCAUAGUCAGGAGUUUGACGCCGCCUAGUGGAAGCAGAUUUUCUGGCGUAAGCUUUUCUGGACAUGGUAACUUACUCGGGACAAUGUCAGUGCCGGCAGCAGCGUGGAAACUCGCUGAUAUUGCAUGGAUAAUCAUGUCUAUAAACAAUGAAGGCAGUAUCAGCAACAGGCAACGGCUAGACGAUCAGGGCGGCCGAAAACGGGUCCGCAAGCCUCAGUGGCCAGGAAUCUUGGGAUUUAGAGAGAAACGGAGAGAAGAUACUAGAUACCACGUCGGCUUGAGUUGA